CAUCAUCUGUCAUCUGUCACGAAACAACGAAUCACGAUCUGUCAUUCGCGAAUUCGCGGAUCGCGUGAAAAAGUGAAGCAGUCAGAAUGUCGGACUCUCCCGCCCGCCCUAUGAAGUACCCGUACACCAUCAGCGCCAAAAUCGCGCAGUUCCCCUUCAAGUUCUACAUACAGAACCAGUGGAUUUGGCGCUACUGGAUGAUCGGAAUCGCUGUUGCUACUCCGGUGUUCUACAAGAUCCACAAACUAGCAAACUCCCCUGAGAAUGUCAGCAAAUGGGCAGAGAUGAGAAAGAAGGAAGCAGCGUCACACCAUUAAACAUUCUUGUAAAAUUAAAUCAAAGCUAAAUUAUGUUGUAAGCAUUAAUAAAAUCGUGUCCUAGUUAAA